AUGUCAUCAAACAACAAAGUUGGCACUCCAACUGGGCACGCCCCCGGGAUGCCAGCCUCUCCUGACAAGCGUGACCAGGCCGACGAUGUUACUGCUCUGGAAAUCGAAAUGGUCAACGUUGCCGAAAAUACUGAUCAUAUCAAGCCUUCGCCGUGGACGCUGAGCAUGUUACGUCUUUAUGGAGUCCUUUUCUGCGCGUACUUCGGCGCGGGCACAAACGGCUACGAUGGCUCUGUCAUGGGGGGAUUGAACGCUAUGGCUUCAUAUCAGCAGUACUUCAAUAUGGAAACGGCUUCCGCUUCCACUGGUCUUGUGUUCGCCAUCUACGGAAUUGGAACUAUCGCUGGUCUUCCCUUAGUCGGACCUGUAAACGAUUAUUUUGGCCGGCGAGCUGGCAUGUUUACCGGAGCCACUAUUGUCAUCAUUGGAACUCUUGUCAUUUCACAAUCACUCAACACUGGGAUGUUUCUUGGAGGGCGAUUUAUCCUAGGAUUUGGCGUUGGUUUCUGCAACAUCAGUGCCCCAGUAUAUGUCGGCGAAAUGGCUCACCCAUACUGGCGUGGAACACUGAUGGGGAUUUACUCAAGCUUUGGUGGAAUCGGGUCCAUCGUGGCAACGUGGGUAGUCUAUGCGGCUCAGUAUCGCGGCUGGAGUGGAUGGCGUUUGCCUCUGUGGUGUCAACUGAUCCCAUCAGGCAUUCUGUUCACCUUUGUUUGGACUCUGCCGGAAAGCCCAAGAUGGUUGGUCGCUCAAGGUCGUCUUCGCAGUGCCAAAGAGGUACUGGUCCGUUACCACGGGGAGGGGGACUCGAAUCAUCCUCUUGUCAAAUUGCAGAUGGCAGAGAUGGAAGCUCAAAUUUCAACGGUGGGAUCUGAUAAGAGGUGGUGGGAUUACAGAGAGCUCUGGAGUACUCGUCCUGCCCGCCGCCGGCUACUCUGUGUGCUGACCAUGGCCACCUUUGGUCAAUGGUCUGGAAGCUCCCUUACCAGCGCCUAUCUGCCGGUUAUGCUCGAAAACGCCGGAAUUACCUCCCAGCAGAAGAAGCUGAUGUUAAACGGUAUCUUUACCGUACUCACAUUUCUUGCGAACCUGUGCGGGGCCAGGUUGAUGGACAAGGUUGGGAGACGGCCCCUUCUUCUGGGCACCCUAAGUUUCUGCAUUGUGUGUUUCGCGAUCAUCGUUCCAACGUCGAAGUUCGCCAUUGAGAAUCCACAUAACUCGGCCAUCGCGAAUACAACUGUCGCCUUUAUCUAUCUUUUUGGUCUCAGUAUCUAUUUGGCAUGGGCUCCCCUCUCGCCUAUGUACAUUGUUGAGGUGCUCGAUACCAACACCAGAGCCAAGGGAAAAUCUUUGGCUCAGUUGUUCACUGCGGUGGCCUCAACAGUCAUUACCUAUUCAUCAUCCCCCGCAUUUGCCGCUCUGAAGUACUACAUUUAUCUUAUCUUCAUAGGAUGGGAUCUCCUGGAACUUACAGUCAUCUACUUCUUCUGGCCCGAAACCAAGGGCCGAACACUCGAAGAGCUCGAGGAAGUUUUCUCGGCUCCAAACCCGGUCAAAAAGAGUUUAGAACCCAAGACUUCCCAGACGGUUGUGAAUACAAUGAAAGCCGGGGCAGAGGAUCUGGAGAUGCGAAACGCCGCCAACGCCGCCUAA